AUGUCUUGGAGAGGAGCUUUACAACAAUAUAUAACCCAUCCAGAAAGGUUUGAGACAUUGACAGAAUCAUACUCUGGAUCUCGUGUAAUAUAUCAUGAUUCAAAAGUCGUUCUGAUCACGGAUGGUUUCCCAAAGGCUUCAGAACAUAUAUUAAUUUUGCCUCGAAAUCCAGUACUAUCAAAAUUACACCCUACUGUAGCUCUAACUGAUAAUGUUAAGCGCAAAAUGGAACCAUAUAUUGAGAUUGGUACAGAUUAUAUAGUUGAUCAGUUUACCAAGAAAUAUUCAAUCCUUGAUAAAAAUUUGAAGGAUGAUUUUAAAAAGAAGUUCAUUCAAAGCGGUAUUCAUAGGGUUCCUUCAAUGAACAACCUUCAUAUCCACAUUAUCACUAAGGACUUUUACUCAGCAAGACUAAAAAAUAAAAAACAUUUCAAUUCUUUUAACACUGAUUUCUUUGUGAAAUGGGAUGAUCUACCACUUCCAGAAAAACCUUUAGAUAACAAACUAGUAGAGAAAGAAUACCUACGAGACCAUGACUUAAUAUGUUGUUACUGUGGCAAGAACUUCACAAAUAAAUUCUCUAAAUUGAAGGAACACCUUAAAGUCGAAUUUUAUGAGAAAUUUGAAGAUAAAUGA